GAUGUCUGGAACCGUCCUCGUCGUAAUGAGGCUGCUGCUGCUGCUGCUCUCUCUUAUCAGAACAGGUGUAAACGGACAAGGUGAUCUGAUAUUUACAGGACGGGGUUAUGAUAUUACAUAUCCAUGUGAUGAAGAUUUAGUCUGUUUUCAUAUAUGGCAGAUCAGAACAAGAAAACAAAACAAAAAAACAAGUGAAUACAUUGCCAUAGUCAGUAAUGGAGAGAUCCAGACAGCUGAAUCAGAGGAAAAGAAAUGCACUCUGCUAAUCAAAGAUCUCACAGCGGAGGAUGUUGGACACCAUCGCUGCCAACAAAGGCCAAAUGUCUUCUCUACUUACAAAACCCACUCAGCUGCCCCAGUGUUAAACUUCAUGCCUGCCAGAACAGUGUCACUGCAGUGUGCUUUCCUAACCUAUGUGGAGUACGGACACUGCUAUACCUCGUUUCAACAAUCGCUCAGCCUGAAGUGGGUAGAUGAAGCCGGCUCUGAGAUACAAGAAGACUCCCAGCAUCACAUAAAUCAGCGUUCCCCCUGUGAUAUAACUCUGACUGUCAGCCUUCAAAGUCCUGCAAACAAGACAUAUAGGUGCCAGGCGACUGUGGAUGAACAAGUCCAGACAUCCACGGAGUUACAAGUCAGAGCCCCAGCUCUUAAUGGGAAGGGAAGAGGAAUCUUCAUAGAACUGGAACCUGAAUAUCAAGGUGGUAACCGGGACAUGAUCGGUGCAGCUGUGGGGGUGGUGGGCUGCAUGGUUUUGAUAGCGGCAGUUGCAGGGUUUGUUGUGAACAGAAGAAGAAGAAGAAACACCCAGCUGUUCGAUGAGUCCUGUUCAGUCCAGUCCACUAACAACAAUGGCAUGAAGACAGAUGAUGUCAUAUAUGCCGACAUUAUUCUCCCCGUUGACUCUGACCGAGUGGUGGUCCAUGAGUGUGAGUCCACUGAAUACGCCUGUGUGAGAUACAGAUAGUCUGCUUUCUAAAAAUAUAAAUUGCAGUCUGCUUUUCCUUUGUUUAUUAUGAGCUCCAGCUCUGCUCCUGCCAUGCAUUCCAAUACUGUGAAACUCUCCUCAUACACUAAUCAGGACCUGACAAGUCUUCUGCGCUUUACCUUGGUCAUAUAGUAUUUUAGCUACAAAAACAUUUUACAGGUUUUUGAAUAGGCUUUCCACAGUCAAUUAAUUUUCCUUUUCUUUUUAGAAGUGAGAGUAGUAGAAUGGUUGGAAAAAUUACAUAUUGUACACAUUUGAAAAUGCAAGCAAUGUUUUUAAGGAGAUUGCCAUUUAUUGCCAUUGUGUUUAUGACUGUUGUCAAAAAAGUUG